GUCUCCCCCACGACGGUUCCAGUAGCUGAGACUUCAACGACCCACCAUGGUGCUUCCGAGGCCCCUGGCUGUUACACUGCUGCUGCCACCCAGCCUCAUACUGCUGGUGUUCAGCUUCUCCAGCUCCCAGGAUCUCUCCGGCGAGUCCAGCAAGGAGCAGUUUUUGUGUACUCCGAGGGAGCACCCCACAGUGGCCUUCGCAGACCUGAAGCCAUGGGUCUAUAACUUCACCUAUCCCGGAGCCCGAGAUUUCUCCCAGCUCGCCCUUGACCCUUCCAGGAACCAGAUCAUCGUGGGAGCCAGGAACUACCUCUUCAGACUCAGCCUUGCCAAUGUCUCUCUCCUUCAGGCCACAGAGUGGGCCUCCAAUGAGGAAACGCGGCGCUCCUGCCAAAGCAAAGGGAAGACAGAGGAGGAAUGUCAGAACUAUGUGCGUGUCCUGAUCGUCACAGGCCGGAAAGUGUUCAUGUGUGGGACCAAUGCCUUUUCCCCGGUGUGCUCCAGCAGACAGGUGGGAAACCUCAGUCGGACCAUGGAGAAGAUCAAUGGCGUGGCCCGCUGCCCCUACGACCCAAGACAUAACUCCACCGCAGUCAUCUCCUCCCAUGGGGAGCUCUAUGCAGCCACUGUCAUCGACUUCUCUGGCCGGGACCCCGCCAUCUACCGCAGCCUGGGCAACAGGCCACCACUUCGCACUGCCCAGUAUAACUCUAAGUGGCUCAACGAGCCAAACUUCGUGGCAGCCUACGACAUUGGGCUGUUUGCCUAUUUCUUCCUGCGGGAGAACGCAGUGGAGCACGACUGCGGCCGCACUGUGUAUUCCCGGGUGGCCCGUGUGUGCAAGAAUGAUGUAGGAGGCCGCUUUCUGCUGGAGGACACAUGGACUACAUUCAUGAAGGCUCGGCUCAACUGCUCCCGCCCCGGAGAGGUCCCCUUCUAUUACAACGAGCUGCAGAGUGCCUUCCACCUGCCUGAGCAGGACCUUAUCUAUGGGGUCUUCACCACCAACGUAAACAGCAUUGCUGCUUCUGCUGUCUGCGCCUUCAACCUCAGUGCCAUCUCCCAGGCUUUCAACGGCCCGUUUCGUUCCCAGGAGAACCCCAGAGCUGCCUGGCUUCCCAUUGCCAACCCCAUCCCCAAUUUCCAGUGCGGGACCCUGCCCGAGGUGGGCGCCAACGAGAACCUGACGGAGCGCAGCCUGCAAGAUGCCCAGCGCAUGUUCCUCAUGAGCGAAGCGGUGCAGCCCGUGAGCCCGGAGCCCUGUGUCACUCAGGACAGCGUGCGUUUCUCGCACCUCGUGGUGGACCUGGUGCAGGCGAAGGACACGCUCUAUCAUGUGCUCUACAUUGGCACAGAGUCGGGCACCAUCCUGAAGGCCCUGUCCACGGCUAGCCGCAGCCUCCGCGGCUGCUACCUGGAGGAGUUGCAUGUGUUGCCACCCGGGCGCAGCGAGCCGUUGCGCAGUUUGCGCAUCCUGCACAGUGCGCGCGCGCUCUUCGUGGGGCUGAGCGACGGCGUUUUGCGGGUGCCGCUGGAGAGGUGCGCCGCCUAUCGCAGCCAGGGGGCGUGUCUGGGAGCACGGGAUCCCUACUGCGGCUGGGACGGGAAGCAGCAGCGCUGUAGCACCCUGGAGGACAGCUCCAACAUGAGCCUCUGGAUCCAGAACAUCACAGCAUGCCCCGUACGGAAUGUGACUCGGGAUGGGGGCUUCGGCCCAUGGUCUUCAUGGCAACCAUGCGAACACUUAGAUGGGGACAAUUCAGGCUCUUGCCUAUGUCGGGCCCGAGCCUGUGACUCCCCACAACCCCGCUGUGGAGGCCAAGACUGCUUGGGGCCUGCUAUCCACAUUGCCAACUGCUCCAGGAAUGGAGCGUGGACCCCGUGGUCGUCGUGGGCCCUAUGCAGUACGUCCUGUGGGAUCGGCUUCCAGGUCCGCCAGCGAAGCUGCAGCAACCCAGCUCCACGCCACGGAGGCCGCAUCUGCGUGGGCAAGAGCCGGGAGGAACGGUUCUGUAAUGAAAACACGCCUUGCCCGGUGCCCAUCUUUUGGGCUUCAUGGGGCUCCUGGAGCAAAUGCAGCAGCAAUUGUGGGGGCGGCGUGCAAUCUCGGCGUCGGGUUUGUGAGAACGGCGACUCCUGCCCAGGCUGCGGAGUGGAAUUCAAGACUUGCAACCCUGAUGGCUGCCCCGAGGUGCGACGCAACACUCCCUGGACACCUUGGCUACCUGUCAAUGUGACACAGGCCGGGGCACGGCAGGAGCAGCGGUUCCGCUUUACCUGCCGGGCACCCCUGUCCGACCCACAUGGUCUGCAACUGGGCAAGAGGCGCACAGAGACCAGGACCUGUCCCUCGGAUGGCUCGGGAGCCUGUGACACGGAUGCCCUGGUGGAGGAUCUCCUGCGCAGUGGGAGCACCUCUCCGCUCACCCUGAGCGGCGGCUGGGCCACCUGGGGCCCUUGGUCCUCCUGCUCCCGGGACUGUGAACUUGGCUUCCGAGUCCGCAAGAGAACAUGCACCAACCCGGAGCCCCGCAAUGGGGGCCUGCCCUGCGUGGGCGAUGCUGCUGAGUAUCAGGACUGCAACCCUCAGGCAUGUCCAGUGAGGGGUUCCUGGUCCUGCUGGACCUCAUGGUCCCCAUGUUCAGCCUCCUGUGGUGGUGGCCACUAUCAACGCACACGUUCCUGCACCAGCCCUGUGCCCUCCCCCAGUGAGGACAUCUGUCUGGGGCUGCACACAGAGGAGGCACUGUGUUCUACAGAGGCCUGUCCAGAAGGCUGGUCACCCUGGUCGGAGUGGAGUCCUUGUGCUGAAGAUGGAAGCCAGAGUCGAAGCCGGCACUGCGAGGAGCUGCUCCCGGGGCCCAGCAGCUGUGCAGGAAACAGCAGCCAGAGCCGCCCAUGCCCCUACAGUGAAAUCCCUGUGAUCUUGUCCGCGUCCAGUGUGGAAGAGGCUGAUGGCUGUGGAGGAUUCAAUCUCAUCCACCUGGUAGCCACGGGCGUCUCCUGCUUCUUGGGCUCUGGGCUGCUUACCCUGGCUGUGUACCUGACCUGUCAGCACUGCCAGCGCCAGUCUCAGGAGUCUACCCUUGUUCAUCCUGCCACCCCCAACCACCUUCACUACAAGGGUGGAGGUACUCCCAAGAAUGAGAAGUACACACCCAUGGAAUUCAAGACUCUGAAUAAGAAUAACCUUAUCCCUGAUGACAGAGCCAACUUCUUCCCACUGCAGCAGACCAACGUAUACACAACCACAUACUACCCAAGCCCACUGAACAAACACCGCUUCCAACCCGAGGCCUCACCAGGACAACGGUGCUUCCCCAACAGCUGAUACCACCCUCCAAGAACUUGGGCUCCUCACCUUUUGCAGGCGCAGAGCAGGUGGAGAUGGGACGGUGGAGCCAGUUUGGUUUUUCCUCUGCACUACAAACUUGCUGCUUUGCCUCUUGAGGGUCCCACCCAGUAGUGAAGAGCUCUGGCUGGUGAUGAUCAUGAGGGAGAGUGCUGGCUUCAGGCUGGCAGGUGGCUGUAGUUCCAGCCCUGCCCAGGUCUCUCAUGACCUCUUUACCCACCAUCAUGCUGCCUUCCACUGCCAUGUCUGGGCUGGGCUAUGUGCCUGAGCUUGGGAGGAAGUGAUGAGAAGAGAUGGCAGGAGGGUAAGAUCUUAGGUUGGGGUUGGAAAUGGUGACUGGUAUGAACACCGUGGACCAAAUCUGCUUCUAUGGCUGGCCUCAGGAAAGACCUGGGCUCCAUCCUGAGACUGAAAAACCUCAUCCAGUGCCCCGUGGGGUCCAGAGUUUUUGUCUAGGCCAUGCCACAGUGGUGCUGCCCAGUGCAAUGUGAGGAUUCAGGCUGGCCACCUUUCAGGGUGUUCGCCCACCUUUGCCUAUCUGUCCUUCACUCCGGGACAUACCUAUGGUCAAAGACAGUGAGAUCUAGAGACUGGACAUUGAUCUCAUCUGCGAAGUCCUUUCACCCAGGCAGGCACAGGUGUCACCUGGCUUCGCGAACACUCUGGAGGCCCAGGAGAAAAAGAACCAGAGUGCAAUGAUGAAAAUUGGUUGCCAGUCGCUGCUCAGCACAGCUGUUGGCUAAGAUUCACUUGGAAGUCUCUGCCGCCCCUCAUCCAUUCAGGAACACACACAUGCACACACACACACACACACACACACACACACACAGAGUCACAGUCUGCUACCACCACAGAAAGACUGUUGGGCUGUGGCAUUUUUUUAAUUAAAGAGGAUAUCCAGUC